UAAAGGUUGUUAUUGCAGAAGUAUGAUUAAAAAGUUGUGAUCACGUGAUAAGAAUGGAUAAUGUUGAAUACUUCGAUCUUGACUCCGAAGUCCCUGAACUCCCACGGAAAGAAUGUGUCCGGUCUGGUUCCGUGGAGAGGAAUGGGAACCCUGAGCCUUGUCGUCCACCCCUUCCUCCUAAAUUGAACAGGAGUUCAACCAAUCUAAACAGGAAUUCAACCAAUCUAAACAGGAGUUCAACCAAUCUAAACACAAGCUCAAUUAACUUAAACAAGUCUAAUCAGACGCUAAGUGACCUGGACCGCAGCUCAUAUGACCGUUACUUCAGUAACAGUGACCUUAAUAAAAACUUAUCUGACCGCGGUCAUCUCCCUACAUCUGACCGCUGCCUGUCUGACCGAAACCUCUGCUCUGAGAGCUUAAAUAAAAAUACAUUUAAUCAGAAACAGAAAUUAUCCCUUAAUUUAUCAGGUAUAGGAACGGAUCACAUUCCUUAAAGG